CAGCAAGCGCAGUGAAAUCUCCAGGAAGCAAAGGGUGGAACUUGAGAGAGAAGGAAGUUCCUACACAAAUGUGGAUUCAUUUAUAACGCUGUAGUUAUUUUAAAGAGAUAUUGCUGGAUAUAUGAUAAAACAUUUUAAAAACGAAUCAUUAACGUUGGCAGAGUUUGAGACUCGUGGAGCAGCUAGUGAGCUCUCAAACAAACAAAUGUCAAAACAACCCGCUGGAUCUGCCGAGUCUAGACAGAUCGACAGAGAACGAACGAAUGACACAGGAAAAACAGAAACACCGUUUGUCAUCUAAUUAUACUUUUCAUAACAUUAUGAAACAAGUUAUAAAUGGUUGGAUAUCAAAGACGCUAGCUAUAUGUUGAACGUGGGGACAGAAGAUAAUUUGUAAACGGCACCACCUGACCACCCCCAGAAUAAAACAAUAACAGAUGCACAGAUCGAGGAAUAUGCAGCGAUAAAACAUUUGGCUUGUCAUAAAACCGUAUAUAAAUAUUUUAGUCUCUACCAAAAAUACCUUCUUCAUUAUCCAAAGAACUGUGAACAAAGCCAGCAGAAGUUUUGUCGCUAGUUAAUGCUCCCGACUUGUUUAGAGCAGGCUGCACCGUUAGAUGGAUAGCUAGUGCUAGCCACCUACUAUCAAGACGUGGUGGUUAAUGCUUGCAUACCUUUUAUAUGACUGACAGCUGUUGCUUGUUGGGACGAGCAAUUUAAAUUGGUCCUGUUUUAUUUGACUGGUUGUUGAGAAAGCUGCCAAAGAGCGAGAGCAAACGGGGUCGUCCGGUUUUGACACUUCAUUACUCUUGGGUCACCAUGGCGCAGCAGCAGAUGCCAAGCUCUCAUAAGGCACUGAUGCUUGAACUGAAGUCUCUCCAAGAGGAACCAGUGGAGGGUUUCCGCAUCACCCCAGUAGAAGAGUCAGACUUGUACAACUGGGAGGUGGCCAUAUUUGGACCCCCCAACACACUUUACGAGGGGGGAUACUUCAAGGCACACAUUAAGUUUCCAGUUGACUACCCUUACUGCCCACCUACUUUCCAUUUCCUCACAAAGAUGUGGCACCCCAACAUAUAUGAGAAUGGGGACGUGUGUAUCUCCAUCCUUCACCCCCCUGUUGACGACCCCCGGAGCGGAGAGCUGCCCUCUGAGAGAUGGAAUCCCACCCAGAAUGUCAGGACCAUCCUACUGAGUGUGAUCUCUCUGUUGAAUGAGCCCAACACCUUCUCCCCGGCCAAUGUCGAUGCCUCUGUUAUGUUCCGCAAGUGGAGAGACAGCAAGGGCAAGGACAAAGAGUAUGCCGAGAUCAUCAGGAAGCAGGUCGUGUCCACUAAAGUGGAGGCGGAGCGGGACGGCGUGAAGGUGCCUACUACGCUGGCAGAGUACUGCAUCCAGACCAAAGUGCCUUCCCACGACAGCAGCUCGGACCUGCUCUACGAUGACCUCUACGAUGAUGACAUCGAGGAGGAGGACGACGAUGACGAUGAUGCAGAGGCAGUGGGCCAGAUGGCAGGAGAGGGUGGCUUCAAUGACGAGGAAGACUCGGGCAACGAAGAGUCAUGACGAUCCUUCUCCUCUUGUUGUUUAUCUUGCUCCUUCCCACACCCUUCCUCCCGAGGACUCCGCUGCAGCCUCGUCCUGUUCUGUCCUUACUUUCUGAUUCCUUCCCACGUGCACGCACACACACUCUCAUGCUGGCUCCAUCCCUUCUUGAAGACGUCCCCUUGGCACUUACUGUACCUUGAGAUUUGUUUCCAUCGCUGUCAAACAUGCCCAAAUGCAUAAUUUUAACAGCUGUAUGGGGGUCAGAUGUAUUUAAUUGUUUUAUUAUGGCAUUUUUUGUUAUCCUAAUUUAUCUCCCUCAUUGACGUUCAUUAGGCAUAAUCAGUGGGUUAGUUUAUGCAGCUUUACUUGUGGUCAAUUAUUUCACAGUGAUAUAAACCAAAAUGGUUGUUUCUCUUUCAACUAAUUGAUGGGUCCGUAUUAAACAAUUAAACAAAAUGACAUGCUUUUUGAUGACACCAAUUUGGCAUGUAUGCUGACUACCAGUGUUGCAAAAAACAUUUUGUAAGAAUUGCAAUUGGCUGCUUGAUUUGUCGCAAGAUUACAUUUUGCAGUUGCCGCCACAACUUCACGGCUCCAAUUUGCAUUGCUGCAGUCCCCGACAUUCGCCCCUUCUGCCGCACAUGCCUUCCCCUUGUCCUUCUCUGCCUGUGUGUGCACCUGCUGUGACUUCUGUUGCAUAGGCAGCUUUUCCCACUCUUGUUUGUGGCAUAAUUGAGUGGGAAAAGUCGCUAAAUGGUAUCAAAACUCCCCAAAGGCUGCCUGAAAAGUAGUUUGACUCUAGGUUCUUUGAAAAAAGUCGCUGUGGGGGUCUGAGCUCGCUAAAUAUAGCGACUUCAAGUUGGCAACACUGGUCUCUAUCCCUCCCAGGGUUCACAUACACAUUCCUCUUACAAAUUAAUUCAAUUCCUUUUAAACUAUAUAGUGUAAAACCAAAUCCUAUUCAGAUCUAAAACCAAUUUAAAUUAACUGAAAUUUGUUCUUAAGCUGUGUAACAGAGUGGUAAGAUGCACUCAAUGAACAUACCCCCAUUAAUAAAAAUAAACUCAUUUUCUGUAUUGCCCUGACAGGGAUCUGAACACAAAAAGGACACUUAUCUUUCCAUUUUUGGUAGGUUCCCCAUUUUUCUCUGAGUAAUCAACUCAAUCAAAGAUCGCUAACAGAAAGGAAGGGUUGGGCACUCACUACCAACAUGCAUCUCUCCAACCAGAGACAGCAGAGAAGCAAUCUCUGAACAAUCUCUGCUCCAAACUCUCCAAGGUUAAAUGCACCUGGAACUGAUGAAGGGACACAGAAACAGGAUGCUAAGACAUACGCCUGAUGUCAUUUUAGCUCUUGUCCUCUCAAACAGAAGAUGCUUCCGAGUAUUGGUACUGUACCAGCGCUGGAUAAUUUCCAUGGAGACUGGACUGGUGAUAUAGUUGUUUCCGUGGAGACUGAUUUGUAACUACCCUAUCUUUCUUUGGGGGACUUGAACACCAGGGAUAAAUGAGACAAGCGGACAAUCCCCCCCCCCCCCACACACACACACACACACAGAGCGCUGGAGCCAUGAGAAUGCUCUGCACAGAAAACAGCAGGAACCCUACAGAGUGGGAUCACUGCUGUUUCAAGACCAUUUCAUCGUAUGUUUGUAUUUGCUGUAGUCUAUAAUCUCCCAUUCAAGGUUUGACGAAAACAUCUCACUUUACCCAGAUACACAGGCAAUGAAUGCUGGGUCACCAUAGGAAGUGUUGGCCAUUCCGUAACACUUUGUUACAGCUUUAGUUUGGGGUGUCUGUGUCACCUACCUCUACUUGUGUAUGUGCAACAGGCCUAGGUUCCCAUACUAUUUGAAAUCAUUUCAAAUGUCACAAAAGUGCAAACCUCACCUACCGGACAUCCCAGACUGACGAAAGCUAACUAAUUAAACAUUUCAAAUAGUAUUUGAACACAGGUCUGAUGAUGAAGAGAUUUUGAGGGAAACGUGAACUGAAUGUCACUUAAAGGCUUGGAUGUUUUUUAUUUUGAGUCUGGUAGUCCAUAAGGGCUUCCAGAGUCAAUGAGAUUCAUGGUGUUUUGUUGAGAAAGAGAUCCUCUCUCCCGUCCCAGUUCUAGUCACAGGCCCUUUGACCCCAGAUAGGUAAUCAAUAAAUAGAAAAGCAUUCAGUUUGGCAACAAGUGGAGUGCUACAUAACCAUGAAUACUAAUUUAUUAGAUAAUUAAUUUCAAGGAUAGUGUAGAGACUUGGGGCUCGAUUCAACCAAACCCACUGGGCAGUAUUCACGCAGUAGCAUGUAGGCCUAAACAUACUAGGUAAACAAAUAUAUUGCGUAAACAUUGCCAAAGCAGGUUGGCCUGGAUACGGCCAUUGGUGUCUUUCAGCUAUUAAGUGUUUAAGUAUAACAUUCCCAUUGGUCUAACUUAACAUGUGUCAUGAAUGUUUUCUUGUAAUGGAUGUUCACCAAAGAUCAGAGGCUUUCUUUUAUGAGUGUAAAGCUUUAUCUUUGGGUUGUUUGUUGCACAAAUAAAUAGAGGGCACUGGAAAUGUUGUCAAAGCUA